AUGUUACAAGACUACCUACAGAAAGUAUGUUUGGCGAUAGUGAACCAGGAUUCGGCGCACUUCAAGAAUUACAUUUCGAUAAAUCCAGGAUUGAAAGAGGGACAAGCAAGAUCACAGUAUCCAGUACCCAAUGAUUUUGAUUUAUAUCCAUUACCAGAAAAAUUUAAACCGGUGAUUAAACAGUAUCUUAAGUUGAUUCAAUCCGUGUAUGUACAAGGCGAUAUUGAUUUGAGUUUCAAUGACAGCUUGGAAUUGGUUAAUCAUUUGAAUAGAGCGGCGGAGUCCCAAAGUAAUUGGAUAAAUUUGUCUCUAAUCAAUUGUUGUAAUGAGUUAAUUGGAAUCUAUCAGGUUAGACUGAAAAACUACCCGGAAGAAGAAUUACAAUUAGAAGCAGCCGCUGCAAUGAGCUUGGACGAGUUGAACACAACCGGUCCAAACUCUUUGGAAAAAUUGGCUUCCACCAUUAAUAAAUCUUUCAAAUUAUCACUUAAUGAUAAGAAUUUAGACCUUUCUCAAAGUAAAAGAAGAGAUAUUUUCUUCUUCCUUGGUGCUCUUAUCAAAAUCUAUUUCAAAUUGGGUAAUUUGGACUUGGCCAAAUCAGUGGAAAAAGCUUUGAAAGGUAUAAAUUUAAACUUACCUAAUGUUAAUACCAUUCUAUCUUCUUCAAAUCAAAUGUCGAAGAAAUCAAUGGUGACGUAUCUCUAUUAUAGCUCUUUGCUAUCUUUGGAUGAUGCCGACUUUUUAUCAAGUGAAGCGAAACUAAUCGAUUGUUUGAAAAUUUUAUCCUAUUGUGAAUCUAAAAAUUCAAUUUUUCUAAAUCGUCAAAUUGAAAAAUUAUUAAUUAUUCUCCUUCCCCUUCGUCUUUACAAUAAAAGAUUGGCUCCUUCAUCCUCUUUAUGGGGCCAGUUCCCAAAUUUAUCUCUCAUUUAUAGAGAUCACCUUUUCGAAGCCAUUAAACUGGGGAAUUUGGCUGAAUUUAACCACUGUCUACAAAAAUAUCAAAUCAUCUUCUUAAAGAAAAACCUUUAUCUUUUAGUUGAAAACUUGAAAUCUUUAUGCUAUUUAAAGCUAGUUAAAAAAACAGUGGCACUUCUACCCAAUCCAAAUCAUAUCGUUCCAUUAUCAGCUUUUCAAAUCACUUUCAAUCUCUCCGAUACCGUUCCCUAUUCUCUCGACUCAAUCGAAUGCAUUUUGGCGAACCUCAUCCAUAAAAAUAAAAUAAAAGGUUACCUCUCUCAUGCCAACAGGUGCAUUGUCCUCUCGAAAGUCCAACCUUUCCCCGAUCAAGUAGUUAAAGAUAUAGAUGCAAAAUAG